AUGGUCGAGACGAAGGCGCGUUUCGCUGCAUCAAAGCGCGUCUCCCAGAGCCACACGUCCAGACGCGCCUCUAUUCGUGACGUCCAACCAACUUGCAUCGAAGCACUGCCACCAAUCGGGCAUUGCAACAUGGACUUCUUGGAGUUCAAUGUCCACCAAAUGGUCCUGACGGACCUCGCAGCCAGCGUUGGAGCGUCGAAGGAGGACACCGCCGACGAGACCGUACAGGCAGCUGUAGAUGCUGUCACUUCGGGCGUCGUCACACGUGUAGACUCUGAUGCAACAGAGAAAGUCUUCAUGCCGGCCUCGCGCAUACGCGCCAAUAUCGGCUUCGCGGAACUAUCCGUCAACAUGAACAAGGACCUAGUAUCAAGCGCGAUACCCGUCUUAUUAGACAUCCUUCGCGAUAUACCCUUCGUCGAAUGCGCAAACAAUCUAUCCUGGGACGACUGGGCGCUUCCUGACCAGCUCGUGUAUUCGACUGUGUCUGCGCUCUUGAGGCUGGCCGAGGCUCAAUCGGAGAGGCGCGCACAGAUCUCUGCUGCAGUCUUAGCGUUUGUCGGCACUAUGGUGGACAAGUUCAAGACCAGCACCCCUGUCGAGAUCCUGUCGCAUCAUGGACUCUACUUCCAUGGCUUCUACCGGGCCAUCAUCUCCACGCACUUCGCAUGGCAACUGGACGACUGGCUCGCUCUAUCUCGUGACCUCAACAGCUUGCUCGCACCCGAAGUCCUUGAACGUCUGAAUGGCCUCCUUGUGAAUGUCAUCUCGACGAACGACGCGGACGAAGUGGAGACACUGCGCUACGUUCAGACCUUGCUUUCGCGCUACAUCUCCCGGUCUCGCCCACUAAACGGAUACUUCCUCGUAUGCUGCGUUAUCGAGACGCAAUGGACUGUUCUGGCUCAGACACUAUACCCUCAUAACCCGCCAGGUUGCCCCAUAUCGACGUCCGGCGAGGCUGCUGCGGCAAACGCCGCUUGGACUGCGCUCACGCUGCAAGCACCUAUACAAACGGAUGUUCUAUCCAACGACAAGAAGGCAGCGCUGCAGGAGACCAUCUCAAUCUCGAUGCAGGUGUUCGCAGACCUGUUGGUGUUACUCGAACAGCUCGAGCAGGAGCCAUCAUACGACACCUACGCCUGGGAGACUCUUUCGGAGUCGCUCAAGCUCGCAGCUGUCUGCACCGUUGCUCUACGCGAGCUCGACCAAUCACUCUUCUCCCGCUUAAAGGGCGUCUUGAGUGUUGAGUCGCCCAUCUCAGACAGUCUGGUACAGGUUACGGCCUUGAAGACCGUCACGGUUCUUGUGCAACAUUUUCCCGAUAUUGCACCCCAGAUGGUCGCUCACUUACGGCGGUUCGUCUCGUCGCCACUUCCUGCUCUGGACUACGACUAUGUCGCGGAGACACGUGCGCCGGCAACCCUCCACGCCGCUGCUAAGUGCCUAGCCCUGUGCAUCAAGCUCGCUCCGGGAGAGGACCUGAUCAUGUCAACGAUGUACUCCCUUCUGAACCACAUCGCCGCCACGAGCAAGGAGAUUAACGAACUCAACAAUGGUCCACGUGCAUCCAUCGUCACGGCCGCCGAUACCGCUACUACUAACUCUGGCGAGAACUCGUGGACAGAGGAAGAGAGACGCUUGAUCAGUAUUAGCACCAUAUCCGUCGUAUCCCGUCUGGCGCUCGAGUUCGAUCGCGAGGAAGUCACCAAGCUCACCAUCGCCAUGCUGGUUCAGCGCUUGUCCUCAGUUGACCCCACCGCCGAAGCGACGAUCUCGCACAGUCUGGUGGAUCUUGCGCUGAAGGCGCCCGAGCAGUCGUUUAGAGACAUUGUUAGAGCGUUCUCGCUACUCAGCCGCUCAACGAACACGGAGGAUCCGCGCUUCUCGCACAACAUGAUCGUGGCAGCGCAGACGCGUCUUGCUCAGGAGCUGCACCAGCGUCCCGAGCUAUACGACGUGUACCUGACGGAGCUCCUCACGCUCUUCAGCGAUCAGGGUGUGGCCAUACAGAACACCCUCACCCAGGAGAAGUCGCUCAAGCCCGAGACUAUGGUCGAGCAGCUCGUCUCGCUAUUACUACCGAUCGACGCGCUACUCUCCCAUGCCGACUACACGCCCCGCACUCAGGCCAGCCCUGAGCUUAUUGUGCUCUUCCGCAACAUGUGGUUCUUGUGCACACUUUUCCAGCUUGGAGCGCAGGACGAGAAGGAAGCCUCUGCGACGGAGUGGCGUCGGCCGGCGCUUGCUCGAAUUGCGGUGGCGACGCCACCACUGAUUUCGGAAGACGCGCACGAUACCUUUGUCAGCGAUGUGGAGUUCAACCCGUCCAUUCGUCUGGACUAUGCGAACUCGGCUAUCACGAAGCACCGCAACAUCCUCAACCGACUGUUACCCACGCAUCACCAUCAAAUCCGCUCCCUGUCGUCGGGGCUCGUCAUUUUCCUCCUUGCCAUCCACGACGUGGAGAGCAUGCGAUCGGCCGCUGGGUACCCGGCGUCGCUAAUUUCGUACUUCACGAACAGCGGGCUCGACAAAGCGCCGUCGCUCGAGGCGUGUAUGCAGGCGAUGGCCGAGAAGAUCAUGAAGGACGCGGUUUCUGAGCUCAACCUCCAAGCUCGCGAGCAGGCUUUGCCAGCUCAUCUCUCAGUGGACCUCCAGACGCUGCUCAUUGGUAGUACUCAUCGCGUGGCACGCGCUCGGGUGAUAGCAGCCACCUACCUCAACCGGCUGAUCACAUCAUUCCCGUCAUUGAUGUGUGACCCGCCGCUGGUGUUCGCCAUGCUCGAGACGCUCACUCUCUUGCGUCGGGCUUGCGAGGGCGAAUUCAUUGACGAGUACAACCCCGAGUGGGAGUAUCGUUCGGAACGGGCGGAUAUCGUACUUCAGCUCACGGACGACUACAAGAUCCGCGACGAGAUCUUGACGAAUCUCAAGCGCGGCGCCACCAUGUGGCUAGAGCUUGCUUUGGCCAAGGCACCUGUAGAGCUACAGACUACGCUCCAGAAAUACCUUGCCGUCAAUCAGUCGAUGUCUCCGGUUGAUACGGUCGACCUUGGGGCUUCAAUAGCCGAGCAGUUCGGAAAGGCGAUCGGACCCGUUGAAAGGAAGCUGUCUGCUUUCGUCCAUCUGUCGAAGCAGAAGCCCGACCGCGCCAAACUCUUCACGAGCCAACUCGCGUCAAAGGCGUACUCGGUCGGCGAGAUGUCUGGUUUACGUCUGGCAGACCGUGGAGCGGAGGACAUGGAGAAGAAUAUCGACGAUCGCGUACCAGUGGAGGAGAUGGAAGACCUCAAGAAACGCAUGGCAGAAGCGCUCACCGCCAUCCGCGAGAAACGCAAUGCCUUCUCUAUUCAGGAUCUCAAGCGCAUGUUGUUCCGCUGUGCAUCAUCGCUCAUCACUGUCACCAAGUGUGACUACGAGUUCAUCCAUCACCUUGUCGCCCUGCCGUUCGAGGCGUUCACACCAUCAUCAGUAUCCGCCGGUAUCGAGGUUUGGACAUGGGUGAUCUCUGAGCGCCCGGAGUUCGAGAUAUCCAUCAUGUCGGAGCUUAGCUCAGCAUGGAUACUCAGCAUCAGACACGAGCGUGGGAUCUUCUCGAAGACACAGAACUACGAAGAUCCCAACAUGCAACCAGUGCAAUACACUCCAACCGACAAGGACCUCAUCGAUCGGAGCAUGGGCCACGCUCGGCGUCUACUGUCCCCGCACACCUUAAUCCUACAGAUGCUCUUCAGUCGCCUGCAGGCUGCUCGAUACCGUCGUCCGGGCCUCAUGUUGCUGAUUCUUCGCCUUGUACUUCAGUCGGCCAAGUCGUUCAAGAGCAUGAGCACUCACCCUCUGGCACGUGAAGCCCGCUUCUCGUUCUUGCUCUUCGGCUUUGAGGCGCUUAAGAGCUCAAGACUGGACGCGAUGUGCGAACAUAUCCUGCGCGAGAGCCUCUACGCAACUGCAUUCGGAUGGUUCGCCGACAGACCUCAGUGGUCAUUCGGUACAAACCGUCUCCAGCUUGACGCAGACAUGAAGCUCUUGUCCGAGUUCCUGGCCUUCGUCAAGAUGGACUCAGCGCGCCUGGCGUAUCAUGUCACCAGCCUCGCGCCGAACCAGAUCCCGCCCACUCACCACUACUACAUCAACCGCGUCUCAACGCUUAGCGUUCCGCUCCAAUUGCUCAUCGAGAACGAGAUGUACAGGCUGUCUAUCUGGGAUAACCCUGUCAAUGACCUCCGUCGCCGCACUGAUUACGUACCGCACACGGAGCGGUCGAUGGUCGAUGCUUCCUGGACCGCUGUUAUUCGCACUCUGUGGGAGAUCGAGCCAACCAUUGCUAUUCAUUUGGCCGAGCGCUUCAGGGCCCCCGUGAUCUCCAGUGAAGUUAGCAAGCUGGUACGGUCCAACCCGCGCUCCGUCUUGCACUCACCCGAAGCCCUGCGCUUCCUUGUUGGGGACACUCUAGAUCCAAGCAUGCGCCGCGAUCUGAAAUAUCUUCUGGUCUGGGACCCCGCUCCACCCGUGACUGCCAUCUCGUUCUACGAGCCUCGGUACAAGAACGACCCUAUCAUCUUGCAAUACGCCCACCGUGUACUUGCACAACAUCCCGUUGACCUCACCUUCUUCUUCGUCCCUCAAGUCGUGCAAGCUCUGCGUCAUGACAAUCUCGGCUACGUUGCGCACUUCAUCUUUGAGCAAGCGAAGGUCUCGCAGUUGUUCUGUCACCAGAUCAUAUGGAACAUGAAGGCGAACACCUACAAGGACGACAACGCCGAAGUGCCCGACCCGAUGAAGCCCCAACUGGACAAGAUGACGGACGAGAUCGUUGGCGAGCUGUCUGGCGAAGCGCGCGAGUUCUACGACCGGGAGUUCUCGUUCUUCAACGAGGUCACGUCCAUCUCUGGCAAGCUCAAGCCAUUCAUCAAGAAGACCAAGCCCGAGAAGAAGGCCAAGAUCGACGAGGAGAUGGCGAAGAUCCAAGUCGACGUUGGCGUCUACCUACCAUCAAACCCUGACGGUGUGGUCAUCGACAUCGACAAGAAGUCCGGCCGGCCAUUACAAAGUCACGCGAAGGCCCCGUUCAUGGCCACCUUCAAAGUUCGCAAGCAGCAGCUUGUCAUUGACUCAGACCCCGACUCGAUCUUGACUGGCGACAACGGCGGAGAAGAGCACCGCUUGACGAAGGAUGUAUGGCUACAGGCGAUCUUCAAGGUCGGAGACGAUUGUCGUCAAGAUGUGCUUGCGUUGCAGGUCAUCGCGAUGUUCAAGAACAUCUUCGAGAGCGUCGGUCUUACGUUGUAUUUGUACCCGUACCGCGUCACUGCGACCGCUCCUGGGUGCGGUGUCAUUGAUGUCGUCCCGAACGCAACUUCUCGCGACGAGAUGGGUCGCGCAAAAGUCAACGAUCUCCACGACUUCUUCGUCGCGCGCUACGGCGGGCCCGACACCGUCGCCUUCCAACACGCGCGCCUAAACUUCAUCUCCUCCAUGGCCGCCUACUCCCUCGCCUGCUACAUCCUGCAGAUCAAAGACCGACACAACGGUAACAUCAUGAUCGACGCCGAGGGCCACAUCGUACACAUCGACUUCGGAUUCCUCUUCGAUAUCGGGCCGGGAGGCGUCAAGUUCGAGCCGAGCUCGUUCAAGCUGAACCAUGAGAUGAUCGUGCUUAUGGGUGGACGGGGGUCGCAGGGGUACGCGCUGUUCCAGCAGAUGUGCGUGAAGGGCUUCCUGGCGUUGAGGUCGCAUACGGAUCAGCUUGUUGGUGCGGUGCAGCUUAUGCUUGGGACGGGGUUGCCGAGCUUUAAGGGCGAGGGCACGAUACAGAGGUUGCGGAGUCGUUUUGCGCCGGGGUUGGGAGAGCGGCAGGCGGCAGAGUUCAUGAUGGGUAUCGUGAAGAAUGCGCACGAGAACGUCAGGAGCACGGUUUACGACGAGUUCCAGAGGCUGCAAAACGGCAUCCCUUACAAGUAG